CCAAUUAGGGUUCGUCUCUCCGCACCAUUCGCAACCAAAGGCUCGACCGGGAGGAGCAGCCGGCGAUCGUUCUCCGAGAUCGAAUCCCACCAGCUUUCGUCGAUUCAAAGCAUCGCAGACAUGUACGGAUCGAGAGGUGAGCAGCGGUCCAGCUGGAUAUCAACCUUUUGGAUAUGGUGGUGGCUUUCAGCCCCCUUCCUUUCCAGUUGUUCGUCUGAGGGGACUACCCUUCAACUGCACAGACAUUGACAUCUACAAGUUCUUUGCUGGACUUGACAUAGUGGACGUGCUGCUGGUCAAUAAGAAUGGACGCUUCUCGGGGGAGGCUCUCGUUGUCUUUGCAGGAAACAUGCAUGUUGAGUUUGCCCUCCAGAGAGAUCGACAAAAUAUGGGACGUCGCUACGUGGAAGUUUUUAGGUGCAAGAGGCAAGAUUACUACAAUGCUGUCGCUGCAGAAGUUAACUAUGAAGGAAUUUAUGAUACCGACUACGUGGAAAAUCCUGCGCCAGCUCCAUCUGGAUCGAAAAGGUUUGAUGAUAAGGACCAAAUGGAAUUCACUGAAAUAUUGAAGAUGCGCGGACUUCCCUUCUCUGUGAAAAAACCUGAAAUAAUUGAAUUCUUCAAAGAGUAUGAGGUGGUAAAAGACAGGAUACACAUAGCAUGCAGGCCGGAUGGCAAAGCAACUGGAGAGGCAUUUGUGGAGUUUACCUCUGCAGACGAGGCCAGGAGAGCUAUGAGCAAGGAUAAAAUGACCAUUGGGUCAAGGUAUGUGGAGCUGUUCCCUUCAACUCGUGAUGAGGCUAGGAGGGCAGAGUCAAGGUCCAGACAGUGAUGGGUAUAUUGAGGAUGAGGGGUUUAAUCAUCCACUGAGGUUGAGCUUUGUAUUUUCCUUAGCUUAAAUGUUACUUUUCAUAUCCUUGUGAACCUUUUACUUGACAAUGGAAGUUGCCUUUAAACAGUUUUGCAUUGCUAAUAGCGGAAGAUGGUUGCUUUGUA